CCCGAUUAUUUUCAUAUGGAAUGGAUGUUAUCUAUGCUGAAUUGGCAGUGGCAAGUUUUCGCCCUCAUCCUGGUCUCGGCGGCCUUCUUGUCCCUCCCUUCGAUCCCCCGGUAUCUGUUGCUGCGCUUCAGGAGACCCGCUGAGGCUCGCGAGACUCCCCGCGACGACCUUACACCAGAAAGAGGAUGUUGGAACAAGACAGGUCCGCUCAUCAUCGCAGCCUUUCGAGAACUACAGUUGCGAGUCAUUUCCCCCGGCCCUGUACCGCCCUGGAUGUCGGAGAGCGGUAUACAUUCAAGGCGGGUUCCCCAGUUUGACGUGUCGUCAGUCGAGGACGGAGUGGUCGAUCGGGGCAUGGUCUACACGGUGAAGGGUGCCUAUGUCCUGGGCAAACACUCAGUGGUCUUCAAUUGCUUUUCGGCGGUGGUCUUUGGUAGGUGCAGAGCUCACGAAGCCGCAAAUGGCCUCACACACGAUACGCUGAAGAGCCUCGUCAAUGGGCCGGUGGACCAAUUGAGCGGGAGCGUUGUGCUGCUGGUUGCGAUGUGGGGAGACAACUAUUUUCACUUUCUAAUUGGUGAAUAUAGCAGCACACAAAGACACACAGCUUUUUGGUGCGGACGACCGUUGAUCGUGUGCAGAGAACUUCAUGCGUCUCGCCCUUGUUUAUGAUCUGCUGCGCGAGGACACGAGCAGCAGGGUACUGUCGCACACCAAUUUGAAGUGGUCCUGGCGCUUUUUCGAGCUUCUCGGCAUCGAUUCGUCUCGGGUCAUUCCUUAUGACAAGCCAUGUUUCUUUGUCGAGCGGCUGAUUGUACCAUCCGCAACAAAAUGUGGUCACUCCCGCGCGCCCGCAGUCCGUCUAAUCCGAAACCUCCUUAUCGCCAACAUCGAAAAAACACUCAAGUUGCCAAUGAAAACCAAGCCGCACAUUUUGAUACAAGUGCGUCGAAAGUCUCGCGCGCUGUCGAAUCUGAGAGCGUUGAGCGCGAGACUGAGACGGUCAUUCCCUCACGUCAAAGUCGAGUAUUUCCGACCCAAGGACAGCUUCGAACAGGCCAUGAGAAAACACAUGCAGGCAGACGUUGUCAUUGCUCCCCACGGCGCGGGGCUCAGCAACAUGGUGUUUUGUGCCAAAGGCGCAGAGAUUAUCGAGAUUCAUGCAGCAAUUGGUGAGGAGACGCAAAGGCGCAACGAUCCCAUGCUUGUCCUUUUUUCAAAAGUCGCUUUGUCCUCACCUUUCAGGCAACAGAGGAAAGGGCGACAUGAAUCACUGCUACUCGGAUCUCGCUGGCGUGAUUGGAUUGCGAAAAUGGAACCUGACUUCAGAGACCAUCGGGAACAGACGGGAUGGCCUUACAGCCCCUAUAGAGGACGUGCUUCGCCUUGUGUCAGCACGUCUCUAUGGCUCAUGAUCAUUGUCGUAGUCGUGUGGACACAAUGCAGUCAAAAGAUACGAACUGUACUUCCUUCAAGAGGGCGGCUUUCAAGGAUGAGGAUCAGGCAUUCGCAUACAGUCAGUCAGUGUUGCGUGAGGUGCAUCAGAUGCAGCGUACCGCUGCUUUUGGCCUUGCCAGCUCUUGGGUACAUCCUUGUCAUUCAUCAGAACGAAAGAGACAUACAGAACAAAUAAAGUACAAAAACGCGAACGGGCAAUGACACUCCCUGGUCCAUGAAGCUUUCUUCCCC